AUGAGGAUUCACUUCCGUCGAGGCCAGGCCAGGAGCGAUGAGGUAAACCUAUACAGUGACGAGUGUGAUGGUCAGUCUCAAGAAUGGUACAACGGUGACGAUCCUAAUGCAGGGAGACAUUGGGUAAUGCACCCAAAGAGCAGGGGGACCAUGAUUAUCUCGGAAGGGGAGGGAAGAGGGGAGGGGGUGGGAGCGCAAGUAACAAUGACACGGACAAUGACAUACAACCAAGAAGACUGUGCUGGUGGAGAUCCCGCAGUUAUGCUCGUUCCAAGCCCCGAACCGGUGGAUAAGAGGAAAGCAUUGCCGGGUCUCCACACACGGGAAAGAAAAGCGAUGAGGGGAGAGAGUGAGAGUGAGAGACAGAGAGGGAGGGUGAGGGCGAGAACGGGGGGGAAAGUAGAGAAGAGGCAAGCUCCAGAGCCGCUGGGAUGGAGCAGAAUGCGACCAUCGACACCAGACGAUGUGACGCUGGCCGGUCAGUCGACUACCAUGGAUUCGUCGGAUGGCUCGAUCGGGGCCCCAUUUCGGUCCCUCAAGCCAAACAAACCAUGUGGUGGGAAGUGGGGCGAUACCUCCAUCUGUGAUGCACAGACUGAGCAUCAACGCCCGUCGAGUCAGAACCCAGGUGGCUCUCACAACUUAGUCUAUUCAGGGCGCUGUCUUCCAUUCCUCCCAUUCGCUGUUACCAUCGUGUGGGUGGAUAAAGAAGCAUUCAUCAUCACGACCUUUCUAAAUUCUCAUGCUCCUAAUUCCCAUGAUGAUGGUGAGAUUGCUGUGGAACCUGAGAUGAAGAUGACACUAGACUCCGAGGUCGGAGAGCCGUUGAGUGACGGCGGAGCAGGGAAAAAUAGCCUGCGGAGUGCGGAACUCCCGAGAUGUCCAGCGCGCAGACGCCUCUGGGAUCUGCUUGAUAGGGGUAGUGUAGGGACCAGCGGACCCUGCAACAGCAGAAGUUUGGCAUUAGAGGUCAUCCCUAGGACCUCUAGCUCCGCCUUACGACCAUUCUUCGCAAUGGAGGACAUGGGAAAUACUGGAAACACUCAAACCCUCACCUUCGAGUCAUUUCUGUGGAGUCUUCCGAGUACUAACCCUUUGCAAAUCGGCUGGCAUAAAGCCUGCGCAAGCGCUAAUGAUAGGCCACAAGUUGCCGUUCACCGGGUUGCAGAUAUCAUGCGCUCUCGGAUGUAUUGCCCUAUGCUGCCCAUUACAAUGCGACUAAUGCUCGCGAGCAGACCGACUAUCCGUCAAGCAAACGCUGGCCGAUGCUGCAAGAGUACCAUACAAGGCCGUGAUUGUAGUGAGUACAAACCAUCGCGACGCUACAGAUGCACCCUAGUCACCAAGCUAGCCGAUGCCAAGCAUUGA